CCCUCCUUCCCCUCCGGGUCCACCCCUUAGUCUCCACUCUCUGCUGUCCCGCCCUUAGGCCUCGCCUCUCCCGGGCCCUGCCACGUAAGCCCCACCUCCCUGCCCGGCGCUCAUUGGCUACCGCUGGCGUCGCAGGCGGGGCGACGAGGGCCCGAACAGGACGGCCGCCAUCUUGCGCGGAGCCGGAAUAGGAGCUCGAGGCUUCGGGCCUAGAGUGCGCGUAAGUCCGUGGCCCUACCUUGCCGCGACUCACUGUCACCGCGGUUCUGCUGGUUCCUUCGCUCGCGGUCUCUCCGUGCCUGGCCCAGGCCCGGCUCCCAAGCCCUAAGCCCGGCCCGGUCCGGUCUCCCCGCGGGGUUACGCGGCCGCCUCGGGGACGAUGAACGGAGGAUAAAUGGUGCCCAAGGCAGACAGCGGUGCCUUCCUGCUGCUCUUCCUGCUGGUGCUCACCGUCACCGAGCCGCUGCGGCCAGAGCUGCGGUGCAACCCUGGGCAGUUUGCCUGUCGGAGUGGUGCCAUCCAUUGCAUCCCCCUCCUGUGGCAGUGUGACGGCUUGGCAGCCUGUGAGGAUAAGAGCGAUGAAGCUGGCUGUCCAGAAGUAACCGGGGAGGCACGUCUUUACCAUGGGAAAGAGGCUGUGGAUCCAAGACAGGGGCGGACCAGAGGAGGCGACCCAACACACUUCCACCCAGUGAAUGUGGCACAGCCUGUCCGCUUCAGCAGAAAGUGCCCAACAGGGUGGCACCACUAUGAAGGCACAGCCAGCUGCUACCGAGUCUACUUGAGUGGGGAGAACUACUGGGAUGCUGCACAGACCUGCCAGCGUGUGAAUGGUUCCCUUGCCACCUUCUCCACUGACCAGGAGCUACGCUUUGUUCUGGCUCAGGAAUGGGACCAGCCAGAGCGGAGCUUUGGUUGGAAAGACCAGCGCAAGCUGUGGGUUGGCUAUCAGUAUGUCAUUACUGAUCGGAAUCACUCCUUAGAAGGUCGCUGGGAGGUCGCAUUCAAAGGUUCGUCACAAGUAUUCCUUCCACCAGACCCCAUCUUCACCUCUGCCAUGUCUGAGAAUGACAACGUGUUCUGUGCCCAGCUUCAGUGUUUCCACUUCCCCACUCUCCGACAUCAUGACCUGCACAGCUGGCAUGCUGAGAGCUGCUACGAGAAGUCUUCAUUUCUGUGUAAAAGAAGUCAGACAUGUGUCGACAUCAAAGACAACGUGGUAGAUGAAGGAUUCUAUUUCACUCCCAAGGGGGAUGACCCAUGCUUGAGCUGCACCUGCCAUGGAGGGGAACCUGAGAUGUGUGUUGCGGCUCUCUGUGAGCGGCCCCAGGGCUGUCAACAAUACCGUAAAGAUCCUAAGGAAUGCUGCAAGUUCAUGUGUCUGGACCCAGAGCCAUCGGCUUCCUUCCUCCUCACAGACGGCAACAGCCUAUUCGACUCUAUGGCCAGCGGGAUGCGUCUGGUCGUCAGCUGCAUCUCCUCCUUCCUCAUCCUAUCGCUGCUGCUUUUCAUGGUUCACCGGCUACGCCAGAGGCGCCGGGAGCGUAUCGAGUCCCUGAUUGGAGCAAACUUGCACCACUUCAACCUUGGCCGGAGGAUCCCUGGCUUUGACUAUGGCCCAGAUGGGUUUGGCACAGGCCUCACCCCACUGCACCUUUCUGACGACGGGGAAGGUGGGACUUUCCAUUUCCAUGACCCUCCACCUCCCUACACAGCUUACAAAUACCCAGACAUCGACCAGCCGGAUGACCCACCGCCACCUUAUGAGGCCUCCAUCAAUCCUGACAGCGUGUUCUACGACCCUGCAGAUGACGACGCCUUUGAGCCUGAGGAGACUGGCCUGCCAACCCCAGGAGAUAGUAGCAUUGAAGGUGCAUUGCCCAGGUGCCUGGAGCAGCCUCUGCCUCCUGCUGGGACCUCCCUGGCAGACCUGGAAGACUCCACUGACAGCAGCAGCACCCUCCUUGUGCCCCCUGAUUCUGCACAGAUUGGUAGUGCCCCAGCUGCAGAGCCACCACCAGGAGGCAGCCAUCACAGCCGUGGCUCCCUCAACACUGUGGUCUAGACAGCCCAGCCCAAAGCUCCAAGUGGGUUGGGAGCAUCUCUUUGCUGUUGAGAAAACAUCCAUCCCUGCAGGAAACUUGGAGGGGCCCUGGAACAGCCUGGAUCCCACUCCACUGCCACUCUUCCACCAGUGAGCCCAUGUGUACAUAGAGACUACAGCCAGCCUCCCUCUGGGAGGAGCAAGCACCUGCGCUGUCUCCUUGAGGGCUUCACAAACAUGCAUAGCUGCAGGUCACUGUCUCUUUAAAUGGCAGAAGAAUGGCAAAUGUGUUCACAUCACACAUUUCAGAGGAAGGGAACAGGAGGCACUGGGCCAUGCUCAAACAAAACAUCUUGGGUUGGCUUGCUCACUGCACUGUGCCACUCAGAUAAUGUGGCUGGCUAGCCAGUCACCAACAAGUCACUGAGUCCUAGAGUGGGUGAUGUGUGGGGACCUCUGCAGUGCAUCCUAUGGUAGCUGCCCUGAGGGGUGCCUGCAGACCAUCAGUGUUGAUGUAGGGGGUCUGUUUCAAGUAGACAGCCCAAGAGUACAGCAUCCUCUGGGGAUGGCCUCUAGUGCAACAGUGGACACUGAGGUACCUGAGGUGCUGAGUCGGGGCUGGAAAGAAGUUGAUCUCACUGCCCUCUCUAGCUGGGCCUUGCAAGCCUGGCUCCAUAGCAGGAGGCCCCAGCCCACCCCUUUCAUCCCUAUGGCAUUGCUCUGCAUGGCUCCCCCAGGAGUCUGGACCUCUCCUGAGGCCUGGGCCGCGCUGGCUCCUCUCUGUCACUCUGGAGCCCUGAGACCUUGCCUCCUGUUGAAUGGCCUCCAGGUCUGAGGCCCUGUCCCCAUCUUGUUUGUGCCAUAAAGGAUUAUUUCACUGGGAGAGGGGUGCAAAAAGGAGCAUCCAGGGCCAUACCAUCUCCACCACUGGGUCCAGCGCCUGGUGGCCACAUGCACGCUUCCCCACCCCACUGCAGCUCUGAGUGUGGGACCUUUUGCCCAAGGGACCCUGUUGCCUGCUGCAGGCAGUGGUCUUGUCUCCUGACAUGGACCUUUAGCAUUUCUGAGGUUUGGAGAUGAAGCGGGUUCUGUGCGAUUUUUUAGCACAUCCAUAUCUUUUCUACGUUGAAUGUCUGGAUCUUUUCUUUUGUGUGCGUCCAUAUGUGUCUUAUUUGUGGCCAAAUGUUUUCAAAUAGUGGUGGCUCCUAGGACCUCAGUGGAACCCCACUGUAUGGGGUCAGCUGUUUCCGUGUGGGCUGCUGUGAGGCAGCCAUGUCUGAGCCUUUGCCUUUGGCAGUGGUUACUAAGGAAUCUGGGUAGGAGGGGUGAUGUCGUGGGCAGUCAUGUGGUGCUCACAUUCUCACACUAGCUGGAGAGCCCCAGAACUUCAUCUCAGAACUGGUGGGAAGUUUAUGGUUUGUCGCUGAACAGCCUGUCCCUAGGCUUGGCCCAUAGGAACUAGAUGCUGCUGGCAGUACUCCCCUUGCCAAAGGGCACAACUUCCUUCAUAUCACAUGGCGGCCACAAGAGCCUCACCUUUACUACAGAGGACAGAGCAGGAAACCUCUCAUGCCUCUGGCAUGUUCUGGGUGCUGGACAGCCAGGCUCCAAAAGGGCAGUCAAGUCUUAUUAGUGUCCAGAGAUUUAUGAGGGUCCUGAGGGCCACCCCAGGAGAGCCAGUGGGAGCCUGGCCCCACAGCUGAGAAGGGCCUUACCAGGCCUCAGCUGUUUAUAGGGCAAGGCAGCUGUUAGGUGUAUGAAAUAGUAAGCUUCCUUUGGGGACCUAAGGAUGGACACAUAGGAGGCACUGAGGAAGUGGCUGGCUUUCUUCGGGACUGGCAAGGGUUUCUGUCCAAGUAGUUCUCAGGGUUGCCGGGUGAUUCCCUCCCCUGGGAACCAUCAGGCCUCCCCAGGGUGUUCAGCCCACCGGCUCCUGAGGCCAGGCAGAGGGACCACUGCCCAUUGCAGCUGCAGGCAUGGGGAUCUGCUCAUCUGUCCUCACCUUGCCAUCCUGUCUGCUGCCUUGUCAAGAGCUAAUUGAUCCCAAGGCUAGCAUUUGCAGAGUCUUGUGUUCUUGUGAGAGAUGUGCUCAGUGCCAGUCCCAGAGGGACAGGCCAAGCCCCUGGGAGGCCCCACCCCUGGACUCCCUUGCCACUGUUUCUGACACCAGGUGCCCUCUGACCUGCCUGGAGGUAGAAUUUGAUACUGUACAUUGUCUCCAUGCCUGUUUUUAUGUUUUCCUUUCACUAAGGGUUUUAGUUUGGGUGUAUUUUUGGUCGGGUUGGCACUAAUCCUUUUCUUAAGAUGCUGUGAGAACCAUUUCAUCCAAAUGCCAAAUAAACGUGUUCUGGAAG